CCAUCAUUCGCGCAGUGAAUUGUGCCGGACCAUUGUACGACGACGAAGGCGACGCGGCGGCUGUGAUCACCGUAAUCGUCGGCUGACACGUAAAUUGUAAUCGCGAACUGUGCACGUCGUUCCUACAACGGUCCAAUCGUAUUAGUGAUCGAUCGCAGUCGUUAUUUCCGGUUGCCCGUCCUCCAUAUCCGGACCAUCGCCGCUACCUCACGGCUGCCGCUGCGGGUUGCAGAUCAGCCGCCCACGCGUGCCAUAUAGCCGUAAACACUCAGUUGCAUUAGUGACUACUGACUAGCUACGACUGGCCACAGGACGCGGUGACCGGUGCAAUCUUAGUCAUGGGUUCCAAAAAGCCGAGCACGUGGUCCGUGACGCUCAAGAGAGACGGCAAGUGUCAACCGUGGGGCAUUCGGUUGGCCGGUGGAGCGGAUCUCAACACGCCACUGAUCAUAACAAAGGUCUACGCCAGAUCACCCAGUGAAAGUAGCCUGAGAGUCGGUGACAUCAUACGGAAGAUUGAAGUAUACGACGCUCGUGACUUGAGACAUUUGGACGCGCAAAAUUUGUUCGGCAACGCCGACCAGUCGAUAACAUUAGUUAUACAAAGGGACGCUCCUCAGUUCAACGGCAGCAGCAGCAACAGCAGCCCGAUCCCGGUGACCAAUAACCAUCAAUUCAACCACCAGCAGCACGUCACUGCGCGACCAAUCGGCAACGGUCUGUACGGUUACGAGCGGUCCGCCCAGUCGCCCGUCAACAAUUUCUGCCGCUUCCCGCCGUCGCUGGUCGACAGCGCGUCCCCACACGACUGGGACGAGUCGCACGACCCCGUGGCGCUCGACCAACAGCCGUACAGAACGAACCCGUUGGUUUUGCCCGGAGCCAAGGUCAAGAGGGAUCCACCAAAGACCGAGUCGUACUUACGCCACCAUCCCAACCCGAUGAUGAGAGCGCAUCCGUCACACCACGAUCAACCCAUGGACACGCUGAUGAAACAAAAGGUCACGGACACGGUGUUGCAACGGAUAAGCAGUGAGGAAGCCAGGACAAGACCCGGUAGACAGGUGGUACACAAACAGUUCAACUCGCCAAUCGGCCUUUACUCUGAAGAAAACAUCGCUAAUUCAAUCAAAUCGCAAACAGGAUACACUCCGGAAGAGGAAGAAGAGAAGUAUGGUCGUUUGAGGCACAAGAAAACAGUGCAGUACGAUCCAGCUAAAUCUGAAACGUAUAAGGCGAUCCAAGAAUCAGAACACGGAGAUUUCCACGCUCAAGAGAUAUCGAAGCCAGUGCAACCGAAAGUAUUCACGCCUGUCCAAGGAACUGUAAAAAAAGCUCCGAUUAGCAACGGCCAUGGCCAUCAAAAUCAUAAUAAAUUGUCAGCUCCCUAUCAUCCAAAUCCAGGACGUGUAUCUCCACAACCUCAUCCGACUGCGCCACACCCAAAUGCCAAUUACGUUUCCACUGAAGAAAUUCAUCAAAGCGGCAGUUUCAAGCGCUUGAUGCACAUGGUUAUGACCGAAAACUAGGUGUGAAACCCAAAAAUAAAUAAAUAAGCUAUUCAAUUAUUAUAUUUAAAUUCUAAUAGUGUGUAAGACAAAAAUGUUAGAAAAGAGAUGUGUAUUAUUUAAAUCAUUUAACAUUUUUAUACUUUCGUCUGUAUAUAUUUAUAUAAAUUGUUAUCGACAAUAUUAAUUUAUUACUGUGACUAAUAUAUAAUAGUUUAAUGUACGUAAUAACAAACGUAAAUUAUUAUUAUUAUUAUUACAUAUUAUUAUUGUUAUUACUUAUUAUUGUUAUUAUUAUACGCAAUUUAUUUAAAAAUUGUUGAGUGUAGAAUCUAGUCACACUUAUAAAAAAAAAUUAGACUAACAAUCUGAAUAUUAUAAAACUAUGUUAUAUAAUUUAUGUUAUUUUCAGAUAUUACAUAAUCUGUUAUGUUUAAAAAUUAAAUAAAUAAAUAAUUUUAUUUAUCAUAUCAUAAUAAUAA